AUGGAUGAUUGGCUAGAACCGGCUUUUGCUAAUCUCUUGGAGAACAAGAAGUUCUCCGACUGUCAAAUAAUUGUCGGGAAGGAAUCUUUCGAUUCCCACAAGGUAAUUUUGGCCAGUGCAUCGGAGUUUUUUGAGCGCAUGUUCCUGAGCGAUUUCAAGGAAUCCAAAUCGGGCCAAUUCCGCCUGAGCGAGGUGAAGCCGGAAACGUUCGCCAAGUUCCUCCAUUAUGUGUACACUUACAACAAGAAGAAGCUGGAGGAGAACACCAACUUGAUGAUAAUGGAGCUACUCAGCUGCGGCUCCACCUGGCUUGUGCAGUCGAUCACUUCCGACUGUGCGGCGAUCCUUAAGGUCAGGGCACCCAAUAUGGUGAUCAGCGAUCUGGUCGAGCUCUUCCAGUACGCUCACAACACUAAUAACAAGGAACUCAUCGAGAUUUCUGUAAAGUACUUGAGGAGCCGUUUUGGAACCACCAUGAACUGCUACGACGCCCUGCUUCUGACCUCCGAUGUCUUUGAGCAGUACACCAUUAUUAGCGAGGGAUAUUUGCCCGAGAUCGAGCGCUUCAAGAUGAUAGAGUCUUACGUAACGGUGAAUGGACUAAUCGAACAUGUUACAGAGGAGCCUUCGGAGGAUGUUGUUGACGAUAAGAAAGAAGGAACUGAUAGUGGUGUCGGUGAAAUGGUGAUACCUAAAUCAAGUUCGGAAGAUAGCGAGGAUGAAAUCUCAGAACUCGAUGGACAACCGGGUACUUCUAAGGCAAUUUGCGAUAGCAACCAGAAGAAUCCAGAUACUGUGCACAAAGGUGUUCAUCGUCCAGAUGAGCCAAAGGACAGCAAGAUAAAGCUCAUCCACCAUAAAUAUGUAAAAACCCUACUGGGCUACAUUAAAUUUAGUAAGAUGGCAAAAAACGAAUUUUACAACAUAAUUGGCAAGUCCGCCUUGUUGAGCGACAAGGAAAAGUACGAAAAUCUCUUCCUAACUUACUAA